AUGGACGACGAAGGCUGGAUAGUUUCGUGGAAAGAACCGUCAAGCGACGGUGGAUCACCCAUCACCAGUUAUGCCGUUGAGAUGAGACAUAACCGUUCGUCAGAAUGGGAGAUUGGCGAAAGAGGGCUAGAUGCUUGGAAACUAUGGUGGAGACCGGCGAAAAGUGACCGACGUAACUGGGAGUUUCGCGUAAGAGCGACAAACGCUGAAGGUUUUGGUGCUUAUGGUUACUCCAGCGAUAACGCUGCACCUCCGAUUAUAGAACAAUCAACACAGACAUGGCUUUACGUUAUUCUUUUUGUCUCUCUUAUCGCAAUCAUCGUACUACUGACUCUUAUAUUCCUAAUGAUGCGAGCUCGAACGCGAGCAGCUCGUUUGAAAAAGGAACGCACACAGGACAAAAACUGCAUAACCUUGGAAAAAAUCGCUGGUCUUCAUAGUGCACCGUAUCAACCGAUGCCGCCUGAAAUGCUUAAUGAAAUCAAAAAUCUCCCUCAUGUUCGCUCGGACUAUAUCCGCUUGGAAAGAAAGCUCGGCACAGGAAGUUUUGGAGAAGUAUGGGAGGGCGUCGCAACUAAAUUACCGAUGAGAGACAGAGAAACAAAAGUAGCAAUCAAAACUCUCCGUCAAGGUUAUGAAGAAGCGGAGAAGAUAAAGUUUAUAAAGGAAGCCAUUCUUAUGAAG